CCGAUGGGUCAUUACUCGUAUAAAUCUACCCCGGAGCGGCCCAAGUUCCCUCUUCCAUUUCGGACACUGACAUUACAGCGGCAGUCAGAACAUCGCAAGCGAGCAGAAAAACAAAUUGUUUACUGCCCAAUGGCACCUCGGAUCAUCGUCCUCUGCGACGGCACUUGGUGUGGCCGCGAGACCGGCACCCAGACUAACAUCUAUCGCUUGGCCAGGCUGUUCCAGGUACCUAUCAGCGACCUCAAUAGCACGCAUGAGUAUAUCCGUCACCCUGACCCCGCCGUCCCGGCCAACAGCCAGGUCGUCGCACGGUACCGCCACGGCGUUGGCCUCGGCGGCAGCUUCCUCGACUACCUGUUCAACGGAGCAACGGCUACCGACCUUGCCGAGGAAGUCAUCUCGGCGUAUUCGUUCAUCGUCAAUCACUACACUCCCAGCCAUGAGGUUUGGAUGUUCGGCCUCAGCCGCGGGGCAUACACGGUCCGCUCGGUUGCCGGACUGAUCAACAACUACGGCAUCAUCGACCGGGUGCGAUUGGGACUCAGCGAUGACCAGACUCGUCAGCUUUGCGAAGAAGCGUACUAUUUGUACAAGUGCCCUGAUCCCGACAACAGGCCGCAUGCUCGCGACUCCAUCGACUUUCGGCGCAGGAACUCCUGGCCGCUAAUUGGUGAUGCGGUACCCGGCCCUCUCCAACCACCAGUGAGGUUCAUGGGCCUGUUUGAUACUGUGGGGUCGCUCGGGAUCCCAACGCUCACGGGCGGGCUGGGAUUGAACUACCCUGAAUUCUACGACGACCGGGUAUCCUGGGCAGUGAGGGAUGUUUGUCACUUGGUCUCGGUUCACGACCGCCUCUGGGCCUUCCAACCCUGUCUGGCGAGGAGGACCCGUGGUGGACGAGCAUUGAUCCACGAGGAGUGGAUUCCCGGCUGCCAUUACGAUCUGGGGAGGCAGAGGUUUCGGUUCUGGAGGAGCGGAGGGCCGCUACUGGAGAGGAUCCUGAGCCUCAUCAGCUACAUUCCCAUCAUUGGAGAUGGGAGGACGGUCGAGCCGAAUGAAGUACUGUCUGACCUUGCCCUCUGGAAGAUGCUGCAACAGGUGGCACUGCACGACGCAGGGGGACUUCUUCUCCAGGUCCCACCUUUGGCAGCGUUGGCCUCAUUGGGGUCUACGAUCGGGACAGGAAACUUGGGCACCGGCGAUGUCUACGGCAACAUCGCCAGCUACGGGCCGUUCGGCGACAGGUUUGGACGCUCCAUUGCUCGACUUCUGGGCCAUCUGGCUGCGUGGACUGUAGUGUUUGGCACACGGGAUCGGGUGAUUCCCACCGGGAACGCCACUAUUUAUCGUUAUCGUCAACAUGAUCCACAGCUACCGUUAGUCGUGAAUCCUAUUGGGGACCUCGGCAACAUCUCGCGAGGUCGGGACGGGAGAUAUCCGUCCGAAACGGCAGAGUCAUGGGCAUUACGGUCGGGGAACCUACCGUUCUAGAUGCGUGGACUUGAUGGAGCAGGCGGGUGAACUCCUUGGUGGUUAAAACGGAAGCAUGUCAACAUAUGACGGAUGUGGAAAUGGUGAAUCGUAAUCAUUCUGCGACAGGGGUUUUUCUUCAUGCACGCGACUACAUGGUCAAUGACGGGUUGUUAGCGACAGCUUGUCACCACUAUCACUCGGCGCACCUCAAAAAGCAAAGGUGGCGGUAAGAUGGACAGAACUUCCUGCCGCAUCCGGACAGGCUACGAUAGCCACAGUGGCACUCUGAGCAACCCUCCCUGCACACCGAACAGUCUCAGUACAUCGUCCAACAAUGUAAUGUGUUAGAGUAGGCUAGAGGCAUCUAGACUUGUUGUGAUGAAUUGGUUAUUGAACGCCUCUACUA